AUGUCACGAUCUCAUUUUGAAAUGAUAAAGUCUAAAUUGAAAUACUCAAAGGCCAAAGAUAAAGAUCCACAAGAUAAGGCUUGGCGAGUUCGUGCUUUGUUGAAACUGUUUCAAAAGAAUAUUCUGAAGUUUGGCUUUUGGAAUUCAGCUUUAUCAGUGGAUGAAAUGAUGGCUAAAUCGUAUGCUAGAACGUGUUUGAAACAGUUUAUACGAGGAAAACCUACACCAUUCGGUCUUAAAUUUUGGGAUUUGUGCGCUGCUAAUGGAUACUUAUUCAAUAUAGAUUUAUACUGUGGAAAGAACUCUGUAAUAGGAGAUAAGUUAUCUAAAUGCGCUUUAGGAUCUCGCGUGGUUUUACAUUUAUUGAAGCCUUUUUUUGAAUUGACUUCUGAUGCAACAAUUCCUCUUUAUCAUCUUUAUUUUGACAAUUACUUUACAAAUUUAGAUCUUGUUGUGCAUUUAAACCGAUUAAAAUUGAAAUGUACUGGAACUGUUAGAGACAAUCGUGUCCCAGUAAAAAAUGUCAUUCAUAAAAAGGCUCCACGUGGAACAUAUGUAGUAAAGCAUAAAAAAAACUCUGGAAUAAAUUACAUCAUGGUUAUGAAUUCAAAGCCAGUAUUAAUACUAUCUACAGCUGCAGGGGUCACUCCAUUAUCAUCAGCAAAGAGAUACAGUUCGAUCGAAAAAGAAAAAGUCGAUAUACCAGUUCCGCAAGCUUUUCACCUUUAUAAUCAGUCCAUGGGUGGAGUUGAUGUACACGACGGUCACUGUAACAAUUUGUUGCCAAGUAUUCGUUUGAAGAAGUGGACUGCAUGCAUGAAAGCAAAGCAUGUCUGA